AUGGGCAGCAUUGAGCCUCCUCGUCGCCGCUAUGAGCGUACCCCCUUUGGAAGGGAGAUGCUGAAGCACUUCUCCAUCGAUCCCACAUACACCGAGCUCAACAAUGGCUCCUUUGGCAGUGUGCCAACAGUCAUCAUGAACAAGGCACACGAGCUACGUAAACGCUGCGAGGGCAGGCCCUGCUCGUUCUCCAGAUACGAAUUCCCUGCGUGGCUGGACAAGUCGCGGGAAGCUGUGGCUGAGCUACUCAACGCAACCCCUGAAUCCGUUGUCCUGGUUGCCAACGGUUCGACCGCCUCCAACACUGUAAUGCGCAACUUCGUCUGGAACGAAGACGGAAAGGACGAGAUCAUCCAGAUAAGCGUCAUCUUCGCUCCCCUGAGCAAGAUGACCGGCUACGUAGGCGAGCUGAGCCAGGGCAAGGUCAGAACCCGCCAGGUACAGCUCAACUACCCGCUAGAGGACGACGAGGUCGUUGCUCUCUUCAGGGCCGGCAUCCAGGCCUCGCGGGACGCUGGGUAUCGUCCUCGCCUGGGCAUCUUCGACACCGUCUCCUCCACGCCUGCCAUCCGGCUGCCGUUCGAGAGGCUGGUCGCGCUCUGCCGUGAGGAGGGCGUCAUGAGCUUCGUCGACGGCGCGCACGCUGCCGGACACAUGAAGAUCGACCUAGCCGCCCUCGACCCAGACUUCUUCGUGACCUGCUGCCACAAAUGGCUGUUUGUGCCGCGCGGAUGUGCGGCUCUGUACGUGCCCGCCCGCAACCAGUGGAUGAUCAGGAGCACCCUGCCCCUGAGCCACGGCUUCAUCCCGACCCAGGACAUCGAACAGGGUAAAGUCGACGGCAAGCUGGCCCAGGCCCUCGCCAGCGGCAAGACCCCCUUCGUCCACAACUUCGAGUUCGUCGCUCCCAUGGACAACUUCGGCUACCUCUGCAUCCCGGAGUCGAUCCGAUGGCGCCAGGAGGUCUGCGGAGGCGAGAAGGCCAUCCAGACGUACUGCGUCAACCUGGCUCGCGAGGCAGGCCGGCUGAUGGCAGACAUGCUGGGCACCAAGGUGCUCGAUAACAAGUCCCAGAGCGUAUCCGCCUGCUGCAUGACCAACGUCCUCCUCCCGCUCACCCUCGACGCAGAGAACCCGCCACCGGGCCAUUACGUCGUCAGGAGCAAGCCGGGCGUCCAGUUCAGGGUCAGCGACUGGAUAAUGCGCAAGAUGGCCACCGAGUACGAGACCCUGAUGCCCGUCUUCUUCUUCCAGGGCUCCUGGUGGACUCGAGGGAGUGCCCAGGUCUAUCUCGAGCUCGACGACUUCGAAUGGGCCGGCAGGAUGCUCCAGGACUUGUGUGAACGAGUCGGUGACGGCGAGUACCUGCUAUAG